UCUCUCUCUCUCUAAUAUCGCCUUUUCUUUGGUGUUAAUUAAUUUCUUUCAUGUUGUCGGGGGGCUGGGAUUUGAUUUGCUCUAUCUUGUACUCUGCAGGCUGCUCUUGAAAAAAAGAAAAAAAAAAUCUUUGUGCUUUGUUCUUCUUGUUUCGCAUCCUUUCUAUGGGAUGAGCGAGUUGAAAAGGGUUUGGCUUUUUUCUAGGUCUUGCAUGUCUGAAACGGCUUAACUUGAAGAUGAGUCAAUUUAGCUCUGAUUUCCUCUUUGCAUGGUUCGAAUUUCGGAAAUCUAUUCGAUAAAGAAGCUUACUCUCUCUCUCUCUCUCUCAUUCUCUCUGGGCAAAAUUCCCUUUUUCCAAUUGCAUGUCGUGCUCUGUGUUGAUCUCGUAGUGCUAAUUCCGUUUAUAUGUGAAUUCGUUUGGUUUUUGAUCUGAUUUGUUAUGUUGAAUCGUUGCCAAAGUUUGGAUCUUUGCUAUUUUGGGUGCCGCUUUAGGAUCUGACAGAUUAUAUUGCAACUAUAUCAGUGGCACCUUUUCUAUGCCUUUGCAGAAUGUUGAUCUUCCUUGAUUGUCUUCCAAUUCGAACUCCCAACUCGUUUAUUCUUCAAACUUCUCGAGCCCCAAUUCGAGCCAAAACCUGUUGAUCAAUCUUUCUACAUAUAUAUAUAUAGAUGAACUCAGAAUUUGGAUACUGGACUUGAUUUCUUCUGCAUGGUUGCUUUUGUUUCUAUCUUAGAUUUGUUGUUUUUUUUGUUGAUAUGUCUUUUGGGUAAUGUACAACUUUGGUUCCUUUGAAUGGAAUGUUACUAUCUUCACUGGUUCCUUUUUGUUGGAUGACAGGUGACUGAUACAAAUGGGAGCAACACAUACUCUGUCACUUGCGAAUUGCGAUAGCUUUAUGAAGUAGGGUUUUCGGACAAUGCAAGAGUUCCAUAGGAAAGAUUCACCGUCAAGUGCUGCUUAUACGUCUUCGUUCACUCUAACACUUACCCUUCUUGGGAAAACUCUGUGCCAAGCAACUCAAAUGUCCAAGGGUCAUCAAUGACUGACAAUUUAAGCUUGAGAAUGGAAGUUAUGUCUACCCAUUUCCAUGGGAUGAAACAAUCUGGGUUUCAGUUGAAGGACCAGGAUUCAUCCUCAACUCAAUCCACUGGACAAUCUUGUGGCGAAGUUGCCAGCUUUGUGGAACAUAACCAUUGUACCAACCUUUCAGGGUGUGAAGAAAACUCGGGGAAGCCGGAUGGAAGUCAUACGAAGUCCACCUCGUCGAUGGCUUCUUGGCCUCUUCACUGUACUGCCCCGCCAUAUCUCGGUGGUUUCAUGGCUUCUGCAUAUGCAUCACAGCCUAUGGUGGCGUAUCCAGAGAUGAUGGGGUUGAUACCUUCUAGAAUGCCGCUGCCGCAUAACAUUACAGAGAAUGAGCCCAUUUACGUUAAUGCGAAACAGUACCAUGCAAUUCUUCGCCGCAGGCAGAACCGGGCAAAGCUUGAAGCUCAGAACAAGCUCAUCAAAUUCCGUAAACCGUACCUUCACGAGUCACGCCAUCUUCAUGCAUUGAAGAGAGCGAGAGGGUCGGGAGGUCGGUUCCUCAACACGAAGAAGAAGAUUAAAGAAACCAAACAAGUUCAUAAGCAGGAUUCGCCCAAGAAGAACCCUCUGGAAAUUCAGAGGGACAACGGCUCAACGAUCAUGUCUGGCACGGACAGAACCUCGGCUUCGAACUCCAACCGAAACAACAACGACGGCGACAACAACGGCAUGUUCCAACACGCGCAGUUCAGGUUCUGUGGGUACCCAUCAUCAACCCACCAUGUCUCAGUCCUCUUGUGAGAGAGACAGGUGACCAAAAUCUCUGCUUCUUCCCGGCGGGAAGUCAUCCUUGGCUGCUUCUUUUGGUUUUGUUUGUCGUAUUAUUGCUGUCUUCAUAGUGUGUCCUGUUCUCAUAUCUCCAAGUCUGCUUUCAUGGAAGCAGGUAAUGAAUAAUAAUACAUAUGACCUUUGGGUGUGAACCAUUGUGUUUCUUUUGUCUCGGUUACUCUUCGGGGUUUGAUUGGAAUGGACUGUACCUUUUCACA